AUGGCUGUAGCCGUGGCCUUGCAGGCGGUCACGGCUUUGGCUACGCCUAUCUCCAACGAGGUUGGCAUUGAGAAGCGCGGUAGUGGCUUCGCAAAUGCUGUUUACUUCACCAACUGGAGCAGGGGCAUCUACGGCCGUAACUUCCAGCCCGCAGACCUUCCAGCUUCGGAGAUCACCCAUGUGCUCUAUUCUUUCAUGAACAUCCGCUCAGAUGGCACCAUCUUUUCUGGCGAUACCUAUGCGGACUACGAGAAGCACUACCCUGGUGACUCCUGGAAUGAUGUGGGAAAUAAUGCUUACGGAUGCGUUAAGCAGCUUUAUUUGCUCAAGAAGCAAAACCGCAACUUGAAAGUUAUGCUGUCGAUUGGUGGUUGGACCUGGUCCACCAACUUUCCCGCUGCUGCCAGCUCUGCUACCAGCCGAAAGACUUUCGCUCAAUCUGCCGUUGGUUUCAUGAAGGAUUGGGGAUUCGAUGGUAUCGACAUCGAUUGGGAGUACCCUGCGGAUGCUACGCAGGCUCAGAACAUGGUCCUCUUGCUCCAGGCCGUCCGCGACGAGCUCGACUCUUAUGCCUCGCAGUAUGCCAAAGGCCACCAUUUCCUGCUUUCUAUUGCCGCCCCCGCUGGACCUGACAACUACAACAAGCUGAAGCUCGCCGAUCUCGGAAAGGUUCUUGACUACGUUAACCUGAUGGCCUACGACUUUGCCGGAUCGUGGAGUAACUUCACCGGCCACGACGCCAACAUGUACGCCAGCAAGGACAAUGCUAAUGCAACUCCUUUUAAUACGAAUGAUGCUGUUCAGGCGUACAUCAAAGGAGGUGUCCCUGCCAGCAAAAUUGUCCUGGGUAUGCCCAUCUACGGUCGGUCUUUCGAGAAGACUGAGGGAAUUGGCAAGCCAUACAACGGUAUCGGCUCUGGCAGCUGGGAGAACGGUGUAUGGGAUUACAAAGCUCUUCCCAAGUCUGGGGCCACUGUCAAGUGCGACAACGCUGUUGUGGGCUGCUAUAGCUACGAUGCGAGCACUCAGGAGCUCAUUUCUUUCGACACUCCAGCUGUUAUCAACACCAAGGUUAGCUGGCUUAAGGGCCAGGGACUCGGUGGAAGCAUGUUUUGGGAGGCUUCCGCUGAUAAGAAGGGCGCCGAUUCCCUCAUCAGCACAAGCCACCAAGGUCUUGGUAGCCUGGACAGCGCUCAGAACUGCCUUGACUACCCCAACUCAAAGUAUGACAACAUCAAGAAUGGCAUGAAAUAG